GGUAGUCGGAUUGGCUAGAAGAAAACACAGGAUUGAAGAAUUGGCAGCAACUUUAGAAGGAAAACCCGGAAAAUUGUACGCCUACAAGGUCGACAUGACCAAACAAGAAGAAAUCCAGGAAGCCUUCAAGUGGAUCAAAGAAAACGUCGGACCUGUGAACAUUCUGAUCAACAACGCCGGAAUCAACAGAAAAACAACAAUAAUUGACGGUAACAUCGAGGAUUGGAAAAAGGUCCUAGACACCAACAUCUUAGGACUGGCCGUAGCUUCACGUGAAGCUAUCAAGGUCAUGCAAGAACACCUCAUCGACGGACACAUAGUCAACAUCAACAGUGUCUCAGGUCACCAAGUGUCAUCUUUGCCCUUCCUGAAUGUCUAUCCGGCUUCCAAAUACGCCGUUACUGCCCUUACGGAAACGCUGAGGAAGGAGUUGGUCGCCAUUAAGAGCAAGAUCAAGAUAUCU